AUGACAAUAACAGAGCGCGUUAAGGUAUUAGCGUUAGUGUGGCAGAUCAAGGCACACUGUGACAGUUUAAAACAACGCUGGUACAAGCAACGGAACAAGGGAUCUCUACUGUAUCGAUGCGAUGUAAAUUUCAAAUUGAUAAUAGAAGAAAUGUCUCCGAAAGAUACAGUUUACAAAUAUAUCGUCAGUACUUUCUGCAACACCGAACCGCUGUUAAAAAUGUACCACUAUAGAUGGGUAAUCAACAAAUUUUGGCUCACAUACGAUCUUACAACCAGUAUAAACGCCGGCACAAGCGAAGUUCCUUUUUCUCUACACAUGAUUAAGAAUCCAACAGAAGGGAAAGAAGACAAGUAUCUAUCCGAUGGUGCACUUAGAGUUUAUUUUAAAUUCAGUUACAUGCAACAGUUCGUGCACAAAGUUAUACAAACCAACAUAAUACAUGAAGGUGAAGAAUUACCAUUAUACAACAAGGACUUUGCUAACCGUAAUGACUCUCACGCAACGGUUGUGUUUAAAGCGGACGAGUUUACUUUCCGAGUGUCGAAAGAUUUACUUUGUGCAAAAAGUGGUCACUUCAAAGCUCUGAAUACCUCUAUCUUAUUAGAAGAGAUAGCGGUGGACGAAGAUGAGAUGCUUGAUGUCGUGGAAAAGUUCAUUGUUUUCAUAGAAAGUGACGUGGUCCCUAAUAUAGAGAGUACCAGUCUUGAUACAUUACGCGCUCUUUUCUUAAUGGCUAAGAAAUACGACGUAAAAGAUCUUCUAAUAAUAUGCGAAGAAUAUCUAAAGAAGUUUGUUUCGAAUUGCUUAUUGCACAAGAAUCCCGAAAGAAUCCUUCUGGAAAUAUUACUUUUUGCAGAAGAGCACGAUGCUAAAGAAUUAUUGAAAUUUACCGCCAGUUAUAUCACGUUGAAUAUCAAAAAAAUCAUGGAAAACGAGGCAUUUUCAUGCAUUAUACAAUUACAUCCCAAAUUACUUACGCGAAUCAAGGAAACCGAAUUCUCAAUACAAAAUGCAAUUCACAUGUCUUGA